AUGCACGUAAAGGCGCGGAACACCACCAUCCUUGCUCUCCUCUGGUCCGUGUGGAAGUCCCGGAACAGGAUGGUGUUCGACGCAGAUCUCAUGCCUAUUGCUUGGGUGAUAGCUAUGGUCGUCGACCACCUCCGCUUGUGGAUCCGUGCUUCCGAUUUACCCGGGAAAGAAGGCGCCCUGAAGAAUAUCAAGAAGAAGACGGAGGAGCUGUACGAGCUCAUCCUCAGCGCAGAAAGAGAGUAUGGCUACGACCUCGGUGGCAGCAAAUACAAGCCCGGGAGCUGGCAGCGGAAGCUGAGAGGCCGCUUCCGAUAUGAGAUCAUGUGGGAAGAGCAUGAGGAGUUCAGGCCCAUGGCGGCUCAGGCAUGGAAGGAGAGUGGGCAGGCAUACACGGUGCAUGAACUACAAAAUAAACUGCUCACAUUUUCAGAUGCUCUGGGUGGAUGGAGCCGAUCGACAUUUGGACAUGUACGCCUAGAGCUUUCAAAACUUAAGGCGGAACUGGACACCCUGCAAGCGGAUCCAGGAAGAUUGGGACCAUCGCAGAGGGAGGUUAAGGUGACUGAUCGCAUUGUCGAAUUAAAUCACAGGGAGGAGAUUAUGUGGCAGCAGCGAUCUAGAGUCCAAUGGCUAUCAGCUGGUGACAAGAACACUAAGUAUUUUCACAUGAGGGCAAGCCAGAGGAAGAAGAAAAACAGGGUCCUCCGGCUGAAGAAGCCGUGUGGACAGGUAACUGACGAUGCACAGGAGAUGAGGAAUAUGACAAACGAGUUUUACAAGUCCCUAUAUGCAUCGGAAGGCACUCAGAAUAUGGCAGCGGUGUUAGACACGGUGCCAGUAAAGGUCACUCCUGAGAUGAACGAUGGUCUCUUGGCUCCGUUCAAGGAGAGUGAGGUGAAGGAAGCCCUUUUUCAGAUGUUUCCCACAAAAGCUCCGGGACCAGACGGUUUUCCGGCGCAUUUUUUCCAGCGCCACUGGGACAUCUGUGGGGAGGAGGCAACAGCAGUGGUGUUACGUGUGCUGCGAGGGGAGGAUGAUCCGGCCGCAAUCAACAACACGUUUGUUGUUCUUAUACCGAAGGUAGCAAGCCCAGAAGAGUUGAGUCAGUUUCGACCUAUAAGCCUUUGCAAUGUUAUUUUUAAGAUCGCCUCCAAAGUGGCUGCGAAUAGGCUCAAAGUAAUCUUGCCUGAGAUCAUCUCAGAGGAACAAUCAGCGUUUGUCCCGGGAAGAUUAAUAACUGACAAUAUCAUCACAGCGUAUGAAUGCCUACAUUUUAUGAAGAAGAAGAGGGCCAAGGACCUCCGCUGCUGUGCUCUGAAAUUGGACAUGCGGAAAGCAUAUGAUCGAGUAGAGUGGAGCUACUUGAGUGCGGUUAUGAUCCGGUUGGGUUUUCACCGGAUUUGGGUGGAUAUGAUCAUGAGACUAGUCACAUCGGUAUCUUUCUCGAUCCUUUUUAAUGGAGAAUGUCUGGAGAAUUUCCUUCCAUCGAGGGGUAUUCGCCAAGGAGAUCCUAUCUCCCCCUAUCUUUUUCUAUUGGCAGCAGAGGGCCUUUCGUGCCUGUUAAAAUCUAGAAGUCAGUCAUCGAGCUUAAGUGGAAUUAAAGUGGCUCCGUCAGCCCCGGCGGUGGGUCACUUACUCUUUGCAGAUGACAGCCUGCUGUUCUUUAGGGCGAAUAGGGAGAGUGCAGAGGAGGUUAAAGAGGUGCUUCGUAUAUACUGCAGUGCUUCGGGACAGCAGGUUAAUAUGGAUAAAUCUUCUAUCCAUUUUGCGAAGGGAUGUUCUCAGAAUAUAAGGACGCAAAUCAAGGAUUUGUUGGAGGUUCAAAAUGAGGCAAUCAGCGAGAAGUAUCUGGGCAUGCCAUCUGAUGUUGGCAGCGCGAUAAAUGAAGCCUUCAAAUACCUAAAAGACAGAGUCUGGAAGCGAGUACAGGGCUGGCUGGAAUUGUUGCUGUCAGCCGGGGGAAAGGAAGUGCUAAUUAAGGCAGUGGCACAAGCGGUGCCUACUUUCUCCAUGUCCUGCUUUAAGCUACCUAGAGGACUAUGCCAGUACAUAACCAGCUUAUUGCGAAAUUUCUGGUGGGGUAGCAAAGAAGGCAAGAGGAAGACAUGCUGGGUUGCAUGGGAAGAAAUGUGUAAGCCAAAGAACAUGGGAGGCAUGGGGUUUAGAGACAUUGAACUUUUUAACUUGGCACUCCUGGCCAGACAGGCGUGGCGGAUCCUUCAGGAGCCAGACACUCUGAGUGCUCGUGUCCUGAAGUCAGUCUACUUCCCUAAUGGAGAUUUCCUUGACGCCGAGGUUGGCAGCCGCCCGUCUAGGGUCUGGCGUGCAAUAAUGGAAGGGAAGGAUGUACUCAAACAGGGGCUCAUCCGGAGGAUUGGUAAUGGGGAGACGACACACAUAUGGAACUCUAACUGGUUGCCUAGGGACGGUUUGCUACGCCCUAUCCCUACGGAUCAUGAGGAGUUGCCGCAACUAGUGUCGGAAUUAAUAGAUGGGAAUACUAGAUCAUGGGACAUGGAUAAAAUUAAUCAUUUCAUGCUCCCAUGGGACGCAACGGUGAUCCGAAGCAUUUUGCUUCCCACAAGAAGGCAAGAUGAUCGAUGGGCAUGGCACUAUGAAAAGAAGGGCAUAUUCACAGUGAAAUCUGCAUAUCGCAUGCUAGUCGAAACUAGAGAUCGGCGGACAGCGUGGCUGGAAGGGAGCGCUGGUCAGUCUGAUGUUACAAAGGAGAAGAAAGAGUGGACGGCACUGUGGCAAGUUAAAGUACCAUCCAAGCUGAGAGUCUUUCUUUGGAGACUUGCAAAACAAUCUGUGCCAACAGCCGAUGUUCUUCACCAUAGACACAUGGCGGCACAGCCGACGUGUGCCCUAUGUGGCUCCCCUGACUCGUGGCGACAUUCGCUCAUCGAGUGUAACAUGGCAAGGUGUGUGUGGGCGUUACUGCUGGAGGAGAUAGUUGAGCUGGUAAUCCAAACUCAAGAACAAGAUGCGAAGAGCUGGCUCGUUUCUGUUUUUCACUCGGCAUCUCACGCAGACCUCACAAGGGUGGUGGUCACAUUAUGGUCGAUAUGGCAUGCGCGACGGAAAGCGCUGCACGAGGAUAUCUUCCAGAGCCCUCUGACUACUUUUAGCUUCAUUCAAAGAUUCAUUGACGAUUUAAUGAUUGUUGCUCCAAUGAAGCAGAAGGUGGCUGCGGUGCGGCCUGCACCUAGGUGGAUUCCUCCCCCAACAGGUAUGAGCAAAAUUAACGUGGACGCGGCAUUAUCCAAGAAUUCAAGCAUGGCAUCCGUGGCUGCUGUAGCACGGGAUGAAGGAGGAGUUUUUCUGGGCGCCUCGACCCUAGUAGUUGAGGGAGUGUGCGACCCGGAGACAAUGGAGGCGGCGGCUUGUAGGGAAGGCUUGGCGCUGGCACAGGAUCUUUACCUGAGACGAGUCCGUCUAGCGAGUGACUGCGCCAAUGUUGUACGUGCGAUCAGAGAAGGAGAGGUCCAUGGUGUUUAUGGACAGAUUGUACGGGAAAUAAAGGAGGCGGGAGCAGCUCUAACUGCUCUCGAGGUGAAGCAUGAGAAUCGGCAGUCUAAUGUUGAUGCUCACAACCUAGCUAGAUCUUCCAUUCAUGAUAGCUUAGGUCGCCAUGUUUGGCUUAUUAAUCCACCUGAAGGUGUUUGUAAAACAAUAUCUUUGAGUUGA